CAGAAACCCUUGAGAAAAAGCAAUAUAAGACCACAAAAACGAGAUUUUAGUGAAAAAAGUGACCAUUUCCAGCACUAAUCCGCGAUGUAGUGUGUUCUUCAACCAUUUUUAGUGUGAUUUAGUGAAGUUUUAGUGCGAAAAGUGUGUGAAAUGUGUGUUUGACAGGACUUUUCUAAUGACUUCGGCGGAUUAUGAGUUUUGAUCUUGCGCGAUGUCCUGAGGCCGAGGCAACAUGUGGCGCUGGUUGGUGGUAACACUCAACGCUGUCGCCGCACUGUCGCCUGUCAUUAAAAUUGGAGCCAUCUUCACGGAGGACGCUCGCGGCGGCAGCGCCGAGCUGUCCUUCAAGUACGCGGUCUAUCGCAUCAACAGGGAGCGCAGCCUGUUCCCGGAGAGCACGCUGGUCUACGACAUACAGUAUAUACCUGCCCGGGACUCCUUCCGGACUUAUAAGAGAGCGUGCUCACAGAUAAGGUCGGGCUGUGUGGCUCUGUUCAGUGGCGGGGGUCCUAUGCCAGCUCUCGGAGGGGUCAGCCAAUCGCUGCACGCGCCACACUUCCUUGCAGCGCCGAUGCCAGAUACCGCGGUCAACGACACAGACAGUUUCACCAUCAACAUGUACCCGUCAAGAGAGCUGAUCAUCCGAGCGUUCGAGGACCUCACUGCCUACCUGAAUUGGACCAGGAUGGGCAUCAUUUACGAAGACUUCGGUUAUGGCGAACUAAACAUCCUAGAUCUUGCCAAGGACGGUCGAGACAUGUACGCGGUGCGGUGCGACGACGCCCACGAGUAUCGACGUGCGCUCGCGCAGCUGAAGGCGCAGCGAGUGACGCACAUAAUCGUCGACACUGACCCGAAACAUAUGCGGCAUCUUGCUCGAGCUAUUCUACAACUGCAAAUGAACAACGAAAACUACCAUUACAUUUUCACCACUUUUGAUAUGGAACUCUUCGACCUGGAAGACUUCUACUACAACCGCGUGAACAUGAGCGGGUGGAGGCUGGUGGACCGAGGAUCGGAGCGCGUCAAGGAGACUCUCCAGGUCAUGGAGAAGUUCCACCCGAUUGGAGCCAGCAUCCUCACUGGGGGACAUAUUAAGACUGAACCAGCCCUUCUCUACGACGCAGUCCAAGUGUUGGCUCUUGCGCUGGCUUCCACCAAGGAAGUGACAUCAGCCAACGUGUCCUGUGACACGGAGACGCCGUGGGCUCAUGGAAACACGUUGCUGGAGAAUGUCAAUAAGAUCCAAGCUCAAGGCCUGACUGGUCCACUUGAGUUCAAGAACGGAGUCAGGACAAACUUCAACCUCCAGUUAAUGCGUCUCGUCGGAGGAGAGUCCGGGGGCCCCGUGCUCUCAGGCCAUUGGUCCCCCGGGGAGGGCCUCACGAUUACCGACCCAGCCGCGUACAGGAGAGACCCCCCACCAAACGUUACUCUCACUGUUGUUACUAGAGAGGAAAAACCCUACGUGAUGGUGAAGGAAGGGUGGAACCUCCAAGGGAACGCUCGCUUCGAGGGUUUUUGCAUCGACCUGUUAGCUCGAGUGGCCGCGCGGGCGGGGUUCCACUACCGGCUACGGCUGGUGCCAGACAACAUGUACGGUGCCAGAGACCCAGCCACGGGACACUGGAACGGCAUCGUCCGCGAGCUGGUCGAUAGGAAAGCCGACAUAGCGGUGGCAUCCAUGACUAUCAACUACGCGAGAGAAGCUGUAAUUGACUUUACCAAGCCUUUCAUGAACCUUGGGAUUGGUAUAUUAUUCAAGGUCCCGACAUCGCAGCCGACGCGUCUGUUCAGCUUCCUCAACCCGCUGGCCAUAGAGAUCUGGCUAUACGUGCUUGCUGCUUACGUUCUUGUUUCCUUCACACUGUUCGUCAUGGCCAGGUUCUCACCUUAUGAAUGGUCAACUGGCACCCACGUCUGUGGUCAUGAGACAAAGCUGCUCACGAACCAGUUUAGUGUGUGCAACUCAUUUUGGUUUAUCACUGGAACCUUCUUGAGACAAGGUUCUGGCUUGAAUCCUAAGGCGACAUCAACCCGAAUAGUCGGAGGUAUCUGGUGGUUCUUCACCCUGAUCAUCCUGUCUUCGUACACCGCCAACCUGGCAGCGUUCCUCACUGUGGAGAGGACCGUGCUCCCGAUCCAGAGUGCCGCGGACCUGGCUGCUCAGAGGGAGAUCCAGUAUGGCACCCUCAGUGGGGGCAGCACUAUGACUUUCUUCAGGGACUCGAACAUCGACAUCUACCAAACGAUGUGGCAGCACAUGUCGACGGCGUCACCACCAGCGCUGGUCUCCUCAUACGAGGAAGGUGUGAGGAGAGUCCUCGCUGGCAACUACGCCUUCCUCAUGGAGUCUACCAUGCUGGACCAUCGGGUUCAGAGGGAUUGCAAUCUGACGCAGAUUGGCGGGCUCUUGGAUUCCAAGGGCUACGGUAUAGCGACGUGGAAAGGCAGUCCUUGGCGCGACAAGAUCUCCUUAGCAAUCCUGGAGCUUCAGGAGAAGGGAGUCAUUCAGAUCCUGUACGACAAGUGGUGGAAGAAUACGGGAGACGUGUGCAAUAGAGACGGCAAGGACAGCAAAGCUAAUCCUCUUGGGGUGCAGAAUAUUGGUGGUGUAUUCGUGACGCUCCUGUGCGGGUUGGUGCUGGCGAUAGUGGUGGCAAUCCUCGAGUUCUGCUGGAAUACCAAGAAGAACGCUUCGCAGGGAAGACAGAGCCUCUGCAGUGAGAUGGGACAGGAGCUCCGCACAGCGAUGCGAGGAGGGUCCUCCAGCAGAACAGUGCUCCGCCCCGGGUGCUCCCGAUGUUCACCAGCCACCCACGUGCCGGCGGCGUCGUCUCGAUACGAGAUCCAAGAAGCAGCGAACAGCACAAUAGAACUGAAGGAGCUGCGCUGGUCGUAGCGCAGUCAGCGGCGGGGCCCGGCGUCCGCGCCUGCCUCGCCGCAGCGGUGCGUGCGACAUGUACCGCUGCCUCAGUGUCAACAUUAUAAUUCAGUAGGCUCUCUAAGACGGACUACCUCGUACGUCCUCAAGGAGCCAAAGCCUGAACAACAGAAGAAACAUGUGCAGAUUGUUGCAUAGAGCCUCUUCAGAUCUAAAAUACAGACUUUAUAUGUUAAUUAAUUAUUAUAAUUAACUUCUAGCGAAGAA